AUGUUCGACAUAUCAUCAAUCGAGUGCACACCAAUCGUCCUCCUAGGCUUUUCCGCCAUCAGCAUUUACACCGGCGCCGCACAUAUCGCCCAAGGCAUCAAAAUGUAUCUCCCGGCCUCUGAACGGGUCAAACUACCAUCAGACUCAAUCUCCAAGCUAGACACGAAUUACCGAUUCCUGGGAGGUGUAUUCAUCGGCUACGGAGCAAUGUUUGCGUGGACAGCAAAUGAUAUCCAAUCUAGGCAGCUUCCCUUGAAUAUCCUUUUGAUUGCUGGAGGGCUUAGCGGUAUAGGCCGGAUUGUUUCGGCUGCGACUUUUGGCUGGGGGAGUCCAUUUGCGAGAAAUGCAGCUAUUAGGGAGGUUGUGCUUCCUCCUUUGGUUUAUUGGUUUGGAAGUCGUCACUAUGUCUAA